AGAGAGAGAGAGAGAGAGAGAGAGAGAGAGAGAGCGAGGGAGGGAGAUACAGAGAUACAUACAGUGAAAUCAUAUGAAAGGUGCUAAGGCCGGAAGUGUUCGGAAAGAGGAAGUUGAGAGUUGUGAGUCAGAGACAAGAAAUUGUUGUGAAGACAGAGAUACACUCAGAGAAACAAGGCAUGAACAAAUUAGAGUAAGUAUGGUGGAGUGGAAAAAAGGACAGAGGUAAAAAUAAAAAACAACGAAUGAAACUGAACUGGAAAACACAACAAAAAGACAACAAGUGAAGAGGAAAGGAGAAGGCUGAACAUUGCGACAGAUGACAGAGUCGGAUAUGAGAAAACGCUGUGUCGGCACUCUUCUGGUCCUCAUGCUGAUACAGACAGGCAUGACAGACAGUGGGAUUUCUGUAUCUCACAAAUGGCAUGGAGAUCACCUAUCUAUCACCUGUCGUCUCAUGGGGGACAAAGACAUUGUUUCUCAGAUCAACUGGGAGAUGACCAGCAGUUCGAACCACACCACCACCAGAUUGAAACUGGGCAUCUUCCACCCCGUGUUUGGUACCUACGUGGUCCCGGAGUACAACGAUACUGUGGAGAUCCAGGGUAACGCCUCCAGCGGCCAUUACACGCUCAGGCUGAGAGGUAGCACUGUGUUGGAGGAGAGUCAGUUCUGCUGUAAAUUCAUGACCUUUCCCUCUGGAGGGCUGGAGCAGUGUACAAAUACCAAGAUUAAUGAAAGCACAGAGGAGGCCCAGGUGUCAGAAGGCCCACAGGGUUUACUAGAGGAGAGACAAGUGGAGCAGUGGGCUCUGCUAGUAAUGGGACCUACCAUCUGUCUCCUCAGUAUCGCAAUCUCUCUCUACUACUGCUUGAAGUAUUGCUGCAGACACUGCUGCCGCAGGAGGAGAGUGUUCAAGGUGGAGACUUAUCUGACAGACCAGCACACAGACUCGGAGGAGGUCACAGAGGAGCCACCCCAUCAACCCCCCUUCCCUCACCCCCUCCCCUCCAGCUCCAGGGUUUUGACCCCUCUAAGCUCUACACUAAGAUCAAGCAGGACCUGCUGUAUGGACGACUGUGGAAGGCCUACCAGGGGACAGCUAAGGCCUGGGGCCCCACAACACAGCAGGGUCCAUACCAGCAAGGGCCACAACAAGGGACAGAACUAGGGCCACAAAAGGUCUAUUUUCUUCUGGGGGAUCAUCGGGUGUCACAGAGAGAGGAACCAGAAGAACCAGAACUAGAACCUAAUCUAGAACAAGAACAAGACCCUCAACCAACCCUUGAAGGAACCGUGGAACCACAGACUGAGCCUGAACCUAU